CAUUUGCCAGUGAAGGAUUCCUCUUCUUCAUGAAGACAAUAUAUUGAUGAUUCCUUACAAGCUCUGAUUUUUCUUGUGGCAUUCAGCAUUUUGAGGCUUGUUUGAUGGCAUUGAAUCCAGACCCAAAAUAAACUAUUACUUAAGUCAUAUGUAGUUUUUCCGGUGAUACUAAAUAGCAAGGAUCUGACACAGCCUGAUGGCUUCAGGCUUCAGAUUUUGUGUAUCCAACUUUUUUGUCGGCCGAAUAGAGUUCAUCGACCUUCUAACAAAAACACGAUGAUGUAUGAUGAAAGCUUCACCAGGCACCGCUCCUACACAGGUUUGGGAAACAUGGAAAAGUUGUGAGAAUAAAACGUUGGAGGAUGUUCAGUGCUGGAUUUAAACAAGAGUACAUGCUGUAUGUGUGUUUUUUUUAGCACUUUGCAUUUGACAAACUACAUGAUCUUACUUGGUAAGGAGAUAUUUUUUUUCAUUUGCACUAAAGAGUAACAGAUUAUUUUCACAUUUUACUCUUAAGGCAGUACCUACAAGGCAGGAAACGCAUUCAAUUGCUGGAAUUUGUCUUUUUCUGUUUGGCCACCAUAUGGUAUGUAUGGUAAAUAUACCAUAAUUGGCCAAAACUGAGCCUAGUUUGCCCGCUAGUGGUUGAACGUGGACGCUGCGUUUCAUCUGGACUCUGAAGACUGAACGAAGGAUCCGCACUCCCAACAUUAUCCUGCCAGACAGUAACAGUUCGCCUACGGAAAUGGGUGUGGAUUCGUAAUUAUUAGUUUGAUUAAUUGAAGUCAAACGAAUUAACAACGCGGGGACAAUUGGAGUCUCGAACAACUGGCUACAAAGGACAACAAUACACAACAAACCGCAGCGCUCCAGACUGAGUGGAGCCAGCAACUUGUGAGACGUUCCAGAGCCGCAGCACGACCACCGUAAGACUUCCAACUUCAUACACUGAAACAUCAGAAACUGUUCAAGAAGACCAGGGACCGGGGUUCUGUGUUACAGGCUACUUGUCUCCAGGACCUGGAGGACAUGGCAUGGGGAAGCGGAGGGAAGAAGCGUUGCAAAACGAGAGAAAAUCUUUAAGAAAGUACGAACUGUAGCCCAAACGUUCACAAGAAAACACGACACCAUGGUUUGCGUGCAUUGUUAAAAGGUAGCUUGCAGAGUAAUAGAUCGACUGUAUUGGUUUGAGAGGGCCGCCUGGAGAGGAGCUGCGGGUUGUUGGAUGAGAAGUGGUCAGUACUUUAUUUCUAAGCCUGUCAGCUUGCACCAGUGAGACCUGCUGCAGCGUGUCACUUCAACAGAGGUCCUGAUCUCAGCUCCUGCAGCCUGCACCCCCUCCCUCCAUCCGUGGUGGUGGUGACCCAGCUCCGGACAGCUUGCUGCAGGGCCCUUCCUGAGCAGCAGCAGCUGCGUCCUGCUUGCUGACUCCCCUCCCUCCCCUGCUUCCUGUCCUUGGUCAGACAAGGCUAAAGCCUCCUCUCCCCUACCCCACCCCUCAUCUCUGUCAGCCUCUCAUACUCUCACACACUUAGAUUCACACACUCAAGUGCUUUCUUUUGUUGACUACACACUAACACACUGGUUAAGGCUACUAGCAGUCUUUGGAGAUCAUCAGCAGGGGACUUUUAGACCCCUCUAUCCCCUUGGAGUGACCAUCCACCUCCGGGUUCCUGCCUGUUACUUACACUACAGCCUCAAGUAUGACAUCUAUGUCCAGUCUCUUCUCCUUCACGAGCCCAGCAGUCAAACGCCUGCUUGGCUGGAAGCAGGGAGACGAGGAGGAGAAAUGGGCAGAGAAGGCAGUGGAUGCGCUUGUGAAAAAGCUGAAGAAGAAGAAAGGUGCCAUGGAGGACCUGGAGAAAGCCCUGAGCUGCCCAGGACAGCCAAGCAAGUGUGUUACCAUUCCAAGAUCACUGGAUGGUAGGCUACAGGUCUCCCACAGGAAAGGUCUGCCUCAUGUCAUCUACUGCCGGGUGUGGCGCUGGCCUGACCUCCAGUCCCACCACGAGCUCAAACCCCUGGAGGUGUGCGAGUACCCGUUUGGCUCCAAACAAAAGGAAGUCUGCAUCAACCCAUAUCACUACAAGCGAGUGGAGAGUCCUGUGCUCCCUCCUGUCCUGGUACCGCGUCACAGCGAAUUCAACCCACAGCACAGCUUGCUGGUACAGUUCCGCAACCUCACCCACAACGAGCCACACAUGCCCCUGAACGCCACCUUUCCAGAGUCCUUCCAGCAGCCUCACAGUGGGGGCGGCAGCAGCAGCAGUGGAGGAGGUGGAGGCAGCUCAUUUCCCAUCUCUCCCAACUCUCCUUAUCCUCCUUCUCCAGCCAGCAGUGGUACUUAUCCAAACUCUCCUGCCAGCUCGGGGCCCUCCAGUCCAUUCCAGCUCCCAGCUGACACCCCACCCCCAGCCUACAUGCCCCCUGAUGAGCAGCUGGGCCAGGAGAGCCAGUCCAUGGAAACAAGCAGCAGCCUGGUGCCGCAGAACAUGGCCAGAGGAGAUGUGCAACCAGUGGAGUAUGAGGAGCCAAGCCACUGGUGCUCUAUUGUCUACUAUGAACUGAACAAUCGUGUAGGUGAGGCUUACCAUGCCUCCUCAACCAGCGUACUUGUGGAUGGUUUCACUGACCCUUCAAACAACAAGAACCGCUUCUGCCUCGGACUGCUGUCCAACGUCAACCGCAACUCAACAAUCGAAAACACCCGCCGACACAUUGGCAAAGGAGUGCACCUGUACUAUGUGGGAGGGGAGGUGUACGCAGAGUGUCUCAGUGACACCAGCAUUUUUGUUCAGAGCCGUAACUGUAAUUACCAUCACGGCUUCCACCCCACCACUGUCUGCAAGAUCCCCAGUGGAUGUAGCCUCAAGAUUUUCAACAACCAGGAGUUUGCUCAGCUUCUGGCCCAGUCAGUCAACCAUGGCUUUGAGGCUGUCUAUGAGCUUACCAAGAUGUGUACCAUUAGGAUGAGCUUUGUCAAGGGCUGGGGAGCUGAGUAUCACCGACAGGAUGUCACCAGCACCCCCUGCUGGAUCGAGGUGCAUCUGCAUGGGCCCCUCCAGUGGCUGGACAAGGUGCUAACACAAAUGGGUUCACCCCUCAACCCAAUCUCCUCUGUGUCCUAAUGAUGGAUUCGUGGGAGUUUGGGAAACCCUUUUUACUCCCCUACCCCCCACGCCCAUAAAUCAGUGAUUUAUAAUUUAAGGUGGUCUUAAUGGCUGAACUGUUUACACUUACUUUGGGAAGGGAUAUUGAACUCUGGCUGGAAAUUUAACAACAGCAGCAGCAGCCAGAAUCCAGUUGUUCCAGUUGUUGAAACUGAGUAAGGUUACAAGCAAAUACCUGGAGAAAGAGAGGAAUAAGGAAUACCCAAGUGGCAGUAACGACAUGGACACACUACUGCUUGACAAUGCUACAACACCCGCAAGAAUUAAGGGCUCCAUUGUCAAGCUUGAAACUGUCAAAUGUUCAUUUUUGCAUCGUUUUUUUUUUUUUUUUUUUUUCUUCCUCAAAUGAUUUUAUUUCUCUUUUAUGUGUAGUUUUUAAUGAAGCAGAACUGUUUCACUACUCUGCCUUAUGUCCGACAGACAAAUUGGAAUUUUACUGAACACUUUCUUACAUUGUUGUCUCCGUGUCAGAUAUUUACAAUUAAGAUAUAGACACAAUUAUGUUUACCAUUAGGCUCAGAUAUAACAAAUGCUUUCUUUUUAUAGUCUCUACUGCUAGAAAUGAACACUGAGCUACUGCCUUUUAAGAAAGUUAUGUAUGCCAGCCUGAUAGUUUUUGAUAUGGGAGAUCAAUCACUGAACAAGUUUAACACGCCAUAAGCUAACAGUGUGAAUGUUACAUCUAUUGCAAUAGAAGUAGUCAUUUAUGAUAUAAUCAGACAAUGGACAUCAUCAUUAUUACUGAAUCUUGUUUGUACUCGCAAGUUAAAGUAAGAGUGACUGUAUUUUCCAUACUCACUGUAUUAACAAUAUUGUGCACUCAUGGAUAUUGUGGAGGCAUAUUAAAUUUUGGCGUGGGUACCAAGGCAUUAUGUUGAUAGAUAAUUGACUUCAUUAGCUCAAUGAAAUAAACAGGUUAUUUGGUAAAAA